AUGGAUUAUCACGAUUAUUGUUCUGACCGUGAAGAAUAUGCAUUAAUUGAAUCAGUGGAUGUAGAUUCAGAACAAGCCACUACUCAGGAACAAUCAGAUAAUUUGGAAGCUCUCCACAUUAUACAAAAAACAGGAGAUGAACUCCUGAUCGAUAUGAUAAAAUCAUAUCCUUUUCUAUACAAGAAACAGCUGAAGGAGUAUAAAGAUAAAAAUAUGAAAGAGAAUGCUUGGGAAGAGAUAGCUUCCUGUCUGAAUGUAACUGUUAGUGAAUGUCAAACACGUUGGUUAAGGUUGAGACAAUACUAUGCCAAAGAAAGACAAAAAAGGGAACAAGAGUGUAGAAGCGGCUCAAAGGGAGGCUCACAGCGAAAGGGUUGGGAGCUAUUUGAGUUACUUAGUUUUUUAGAAGAUCACAUUACAAAAAGAAAAACUUUUGGCAAUAUUCACCACUUGGGAAGUAUAUCAGAUGAUAAUAGGGAUUCACUGAGAGAUUCACAAGAAAUGGAUGGUACUGAAAGUAGCAGUGUUGAAAUAGUGAGUCAUACUGAAAGUAGCAGUGGUACAACAGUGGGUGGUACUGAAAGUAGCAGUGGUACACCAGUAUCUUGUUACUUUGGAAAAAGAAAAAAAAUUAAAGUGGACCCCAUAGAAUCAGCUUUUAGCAGAAUGAAUUCUACAAUUCAAAGUAUGGCUGACAAGUUAACUUCUGAGUCAACACCUACAGUUGUAGCUGAAGAUGACAAUGACCUUGUUGGGAAGCUUGUAGCAGCAGAAUUGAAGAAAGCAACAAGGGAAAGAAAUGAAGAAAUUAAAAGGAAAAUAUUUGAAAUUAUUUAUAAGAAAUAA